GCGAGGUCGAACGGUGUUCUGGAGCAGUUGGUUUCGGUUGAAGCGCGAGUCUGAAUCGUGAAAUGUGCGAGUGUUUCUGCAACUGCCUUCUGUAUUAUUCAGAGCCCACGUACUAAAAAUAUUAAACUCGGAGGAAAAUUCCGCAACUUAAUUAAGUUAACGUUCUUAAUUCGGACUAAAUCAAACAAAUUCCUCGACGCUACGGUCAUUAUGCUUAUAGGAUGUAAUCAAUAUUUAAUCAGAACAUCAAUAGAUAUUUCUAAAAGAAUUCCCCAAAUUUAAAUGAAAUAAUCAGUAAAAUUGAAACUUGAAAGCCUCGGUGUAAUUAUCAUGAAAUAUUAAUGUGAGAUGAAAUUUUCAACAGCGGUUUACAAAUGAUUCAAACUUCCCGAACGAUUGCAUAUAAAGCCGAAGAAAAAUGUGAGCUUUUAUAGCGUAAUUUCGCAGUCAUUUCCAAUGGAUAGCUGCUGUGGCAAAAACCAUUCUUGAAAGUGUGAGAGAAAAGUCUUGAAAGAAAUGUUUAUUUUAAAGAGUAAUGCUACACUUGAGUUUAUACCACGAUGUAACGCUUGCCAUCCUUUCGACACUUCGCCGCAGGAUAAGACGCAACUGGUUGUACCGUGUGGCAUACUUUUUAGGGGAAAGUAAAACAGUUUAAAAAUCCGGUGGACCGAGAGAAAUGUGUUUAUAGAAGCCAGAUAACCUGCCCUGGUCCACCCACCGCGAGGAGUGAUUCGGUUUCUGCUCAGCGGCACAUUGUGUAAGCCUACGAGUUCAACGCGAAGGAAAGAAAGGAGCGUCGCGAUACGGUUGCUCGCUUUGAUUGUCAAUAUUCUCCAAAGUAUACAUCACCUAGGACAUGCUGUGCCGUAGAAUGCGUUUAACCGAACGCCAUAUUCAGCCACCACGCGAACCCAAUGAAGGGCCAAUCAUUCGACCUUGCACUGCGCGAAAAUUGGAGGGGACCGACCGAGAUUCCACGCUUUGCCUGGUCGGGCAUCAUGGGAGAAAGUCGACCGAGACUAAUAAGACACCGCUGAUGAUUGUCAAUCUGAAUAUUCCUCCAGGGACUAAAACUUUAGCACCGAAAAAUCUCAAAAGCCCCCGUAAAUUGCCCCCCUUUUGCGUGCAGCACCAACAUCUGGCCAAAAACUUUAGUCUUUAUCAAUCUAAUGCAGCUACUGACGAAACGUCGGUGAGUCCUAGUACAACAAUACCCCAGAUCUUCAUCCAAGGAUUUGAAAUUCAGGAUAAAAAAAUCACAUCGCUCAAACCUAGGGAAACACAGGAAUGUGAUAUUCGGCCGAUAAUGGAGAAUGAAGAGGACAGUUUCGCCAAUAUUUUGCUGGAUAAUAUCUCUAACAUAUCCCUAGAAAUGAUCAAUAGGCAUCAUAUGAAGCUAUUGGGAACAUCAACUACUCCUCAAACAAUCAAGAAAACGUGUGAACCUUCAGAUCGCGUGACACUUAUGAACUUGGAUUCAUACGAAAUGGAUGACUAUGGACAGUUACCUGAUAAACGGGACGAUCGAAGGGAAGAUUCGCCGCCUAUGCCGAUACCACUUGGGUAUAGAUCUCUUUGCUAUCGUACACCCAGUCCCAAUACAAGGCAAAUUAUACGAGUUGAUGUUACAAUGAACCGAGGAAGGAACAACGAUGAACGCUUCAGUCUCUGAGCAAGAAGAUGUCAGAAGUUAGCAGAUGAGAUAUUCAGCUAGUUAUGGUAAAAAGGCACAUGUAACAAUCAGUAAUACAGUUUGAAAUAAAUGAACUAUUUCGAA